CCGAGUGUAUACUAGAAAGUGUGUUGACUGUCUCGUAGAAUGAGUCGCCCCCAAAAGUCAGAGAGCGAAGAAGAGUUUGCGAGUGCUCCAGAAGACAACGACGAUGGUGACAGCAACGUGCCUGGUGAGAAAUCUAGGCAAGACAAAAGCAAGAAACCAGUUGAUGUGAAUAAUGAUGAGAUGACGACGAAAGGAAAGGGAAAGGAAGUCUCUACUGGCAAUGAAGUAGCUGAAUCUGAACCAGCAGCGACAGUGAGGGAAAUAAAUGAAAUACUGAAUGAAAUGUCUGCAGACAGUGAGAACUUGUUACAAGAAAAAACUGAAGAUGAGCAAACAGACAGAACUCGAAACAUAGACAAGCAAGGAGAUAGAAAUGAAGAAAAAAGCAGAGAAACAGUUGACAAUGAAGAGGUGGUGGCGGUGGAAUCAACGUAUGGACAAGAAACCGAAGCAGUUACUGCUGGGAACAUCAGAGACGCUCUCAUUUCUUCUACUGGAGAUAUUCGGGAAUCUGGUGAGCCACAGUCAUCAGCACAUUUUACUGGAGACAUCAAGGAUGCAUUAAGAGCAGUCACCGAUAAAAAGGCAUCAAAACCAGCAUCUAGUGGAUGGGGUUGGGGAGGGUGGCUAUCUUCAACAGCCUCUGCGUUAGGCCAAGGGCUACAAUCAGCCAUCCAUACUGUGGAAGAGACGCUUGGCAUUCCUGAACCAGAAGAAAUAGCAAAACACACUCAGAAUGAUGAUACUGCAGAAGAAGGGAAGAAAGAAAUUGUUGAUAGUGAACCACAGAAAUCAAAGACAGGAACAACAGAAACAGUCAAGACUACUGACGUAGAAGAGGAGUCUUCAUCUACAUUUUCUAUGUGGAGUGGAAUGUCUGCCCUCUCAUCAGUUAUUGCUAGCAAGAGCAGUGAACUUGUAUCAGGUGGCAUUGAUGCUCUUGAAGCUAUUGGAAGGAAGACUAUGGAUGUGAUUUCAGAUGGAGAUCCUGGUUUAAGACAAAAGAGAGCUGCAAUUCAAGAACUUACAUCAGGACCAGCUGUUGUGCUUUCAAAGCUGUUGAGGGAUGCUAAACAACAAGCUGAAGAAAACCAGAAUAGCAAUGCCGAGACUGGAAUUCAUUUUAGCACUUUGUUUGAUGAAUACCAAGGCUUUGUACACUUGGAGGCUUUGGAGCUGUUAUCUACUGAAUGUUCUAGUAAGUUACAGUCAGCUCAAGUUGCAAUUGAAGAUGAUGAGGUCAUGAAACAACUGCAAGACAUAAAGGAGGCCUUCCAGUUGAAGAAUGACGAUGAGGAGGAGGACGUUAAGGACCAAACAGUGGAAAUUACAUCCUUUCUGUUACUGCAAUUUGAGAAGUUGAAGAUUCAAUACAAGGCACAGAAGUUAGAAAAGGAUCACGCACAUCACUGGCUGAUGAAGACUGCUUCCCGGUAGAAGGUGACACAUUCUCGUCUUCCGACAUUGAGAUAAGUGCUGGCCAAACUUAGUGAACCAUUUUAGGCAAAACUGACACUGUUGAAGCUUCCACUGGGUGACAACUCAACAGGUGGAAGAACAUAUUGUGACAGAACUGGCUAGCUGGAAGCAACAGGAAGGAGAACAGCAAACAGCACAGG